CUGUCAAAUAACAAAACACUUUGUGCUAUAUUUAUGUGGAGUUUCAACAUGAUGUCAGUGUCGAUAACAACUGAAUUCUCCGUUCCAAGGUGCUAUAGAGAUAUCAAUAAUCAGCAAAAGCUGGUGACAAUGAUAUUGCACUAGUAAAAAUCGAGAACAUGUGGAUGCUCAGUAGGUUACAUCAGCCUGAGCACAUGUGUCCAUAUAAUUAGAAAUACACGCAAUAUUUAUCACAGGGUCAGAUACAGAUUUGAUAAUGGAUUCACCCAGAAAGCCAGAGCAUCUCAAGGUGCUGCUAGUCAGUGUUCUAAUAGCAUUUAUCUCCAUAGCUUUAUUCUCCCUCUGGAAGAAUAUGUUGUGGCUCUAUUUUUACAUAUUGUUGUCGAUAUCCUGUUGCUGCAUCGGUCCUCUGGUACUUAUUUUAGUUCAUAUUGCUCUAUCCCCUGAACAUCAGACUGGUGCUGGCACGUCCAAAACUAUUGUGGAGAUGGAUACAUUCAGGACAAUGUUAAUGAAAGGGUAUGAACCAAAGCUGUCCUCCAAUCGUCGUCAAAAUAAAUAUCCAGUGGUAUUUUCAAGGCCAGUAGAUGGUGCUCUCCAGAAUCUCCUGGACCUUGCAUUCCGUGAUUUCGUUGGUUGUUGGCUAGAGGAUCUGGCCUUCUACCCAGACCAAACGAUUGACAACAUGAAGCAAGACGUCUGGGGUGCGAUCCAAAGUCUCCACGAUCGUCUCUCCAGAAUUGACCACACAAAACUCGUAGCUUGCAGUCUUGUCAACAAAGUGGCAUUCCACUUUGAGAAGAUCAGGAUAGCUCAGGCCGCAGCCACUGAGGGCGAGGACCCAGUCUUCGUCCUGUCAUCUCACCUGAUGUCAAAGACCUCCGAGCUGGAGUACCUGCGACGUGUCAGUGAACUGCUCAUCAUGUUUUUUCUGCCAAGAAGUUACUCCCUGUCGCCUGCCAAAUAUCUUCUACGUGAAAUAAUCACGAGUAAAAUUAUCAAGCCUGCCAUAGAUCUGAUAACAGAUCCAGAUUACAUCAAUCAAAAAAUUCUACUCUACAUCGAACAACAGCAACAAGCUGAGGCCAUGCACAGAAAGACUUACGAAUACGCCGAGUCCUUCGAGGACUUUAUCCGAAUGAUCAAGAGCUCGAGGGAUCUGGAAGUUCUAAAACACAUUCGUUACAAUAUUGUCACCGAAAUUAUGCAGGCGACGACGAUACAGAACGUGAAGAGGUCCCAGGGACUCGAUCCAGAUAGCAACACUUUCGGUAAAUCCGACGCAGUUCAGGCCAAGAAAUUAAAACGCUACAUCAGCCAAUUGACUUAUGCUAAAAAUACCUGUGAAGUUCAUAUGCAAAGUCUGGGAUGGGAUGGUUACCGAAUUCAGGCGACUGACGAGGUGGAUCCAGCAGUGGGAACAGAAGGCAGAGUUCUUCCUCUUCAGAUAAUCCUGGACAAUGUCACUGGUCGUCGGCAUCUCUCUGCCUUCCUGGAACAAGUGGCCAGUCAAGGUCUCCUGGGGUACUGGGCGGCUGUUCAGGAACUCAGGAGUGCUGAGAGGUCCAACUGGCACCAACUGGGUGCCGAGAUCUUUUACACGUACAUAAGAUCUCCAACGGCUGAGAUUAAAGUCGAUAAAAACGUGAAGAAACGAAUGGAGGCUUUUCUCCUCGGAGACAAGGGCCCUGACGUGUUCUACGAGGUGCAGGAGGACGUCGUGAGGACUCUUCAGGAUAAAUAUUACUCGUCAUUUCUAGUCAGCGAGCAGUAUAAAAAAAUGCAGGAGGCAUUGUUGAGUGAACGAGCUGAUGGGAUGGUUGGGGAAGAUCGUAUUCAAUCAGCGGAGGGCACCAUCCUGGAGACAACUUCUCUCCUAGUUGGUGAACACUCGAAUUAUGCUCGGAGUAAACUCGAUCAACUCCAGGAAAAAUUGAAUAAUAAAAUGCAAGCGCUUCAGGCAUUGAAAUCGUCCCUCAAACCCGAGAGCCGGGUAUUGAGUAUUCUCGCUAAAGAGGUCGAGUGGCUUCAGGGUGAAAAAAGACAAUUGGAGGCACACUUGACGCACACGGAAAUGUGGGCAGAACAUCUAGGAAAAUGGAGGGCUGAUGUCCAGAGCGCAGAAACACCGGAUAAUGGAGAUCCACCACAAUUUAUUAUUGUCGUACACAUGGCACAGGAGGAGGGUAACGAUGAGAGUAUAUCCACGGGAUGGGUUGUGUUCAGAAAACUUACGGAGUUUCAAGAGCUUCACAGGAAGUUACGGCAACUCUGCUCGAACGUUAGAACUCUCGAGUUACCCUCACAGCCGUUGAAAUUUUUCGGUAAAACUGAUAAGAAUUCACUGGAUAAAGCUAAGAAUCAAACUCAGAAGUAUUUGAAUUUUGUUCUUGAGGACGAACGUCUCAACCAGAGUGAAGCACUUUAUGCUUUCUUGAGCCCUAGCUCGGAGCAUCUCAAGCACACUGCACCUUCCCCCAAAAAGUCACGAUUUUCAUUGUCAACUUUAUUCAAAACUAAUUCUGGGGGGAGUGGAGAUUCACGAGAAAAGGAAGAGGAAGAGGAUUAUUCUUUAUUGUUGGAUGAUAAUGAGGUGGGAAGGUCUACCACAGAUGCUAUAUUGGGGCCUGGAAAAGAUGCCAUUGCUGAGCCACUCUAUGCACUUUUGGGAGAAGUCUUCGAUCUCAGGGGAGUCUUCAGGUGGCUCAGGAGAUCGUUGAUUAUAUUCGUACAGAUUACGUACGGGAGAACUAUCAAUAGACAAGUCAGAGAGACAGUUGGUUGGCUAUUCUCUGAACCGAUGCUGCAUUAUUAUGUACAGCUGUUUACAAAGUCUUGGUGGCCCAAUGGACAGCUGGCACCUAGUCCUCCAGUUAGAACUGAUGAGGAGAAGUUGAGGACCAGAGGGGAAGCCAGAAGGCAGUUCCUCAGCAAUUUGCCAGAGGUAUUAGCCAGUCUUGUUGGUGCGCAGAGCUCUCAGAGAGGUGCAACUAAAGUUUUUGAUACCUUGCAGAAUGUUAAUCUGAAUAAACAGCUGUUUUAUGACAUCUUUGAGGUACUCAUGUACGAAAUUUUUCCUGAACUUCAGCACAAGUGAGAUUACUCAUGAUUUACAGAAAUCCAAAGUCUUAUGCAUAAGAGCAGUUCAACGCUCCAAAGAUAACAUUCCUCUUGGCAUUGAUCAAUAACUUAUUCCCGUAUUUCUGAAGCCAAUUGCCACAGUAUUAAGAUCCUCCAUGGACCAAACUCUACUAAAAAAUCAAAUUAAUGAAUGCAGAAUACCAAAAACCGGUAUCGGAAAUUUUGAUGAAUUAUUUAUCACCGAGAAAAACACUUUGCUCUCAUCACAAGAACGAAGGGACUGCAAUGCUUUAAAAAUUAUAUAAAUGAUAUAUAUUUUUAUUCACCUAAUUUUGUGUCACAAAGAUGUUUUUAAUUCACCUUCGGCCAAAUGAAAAUGAAACUCCGUGUUCUAUUUCUGGUACUAAGUAAAUUCUAUUUAGUGUCAGUGUCGUUACAGUAUAAUAAAAAAGUUGAAAAUAUGUGCUAUGAUAAUGUUCACCAUUCGUAAUGAUGAUAAUGUGCUAAUUCCAACUGAUUCUGAGUUAAAUGUUCAAUAAACGCAAUGUAAAUAAUA